AGUCGCUGGGCUCAGUCGCUGUGGAGCGGUGGCGCAGCGCGGCAGGUGCCCGAACCAGGACAGUCGCCGGGACCGGUCCCUUCGUCAGCGGCUGAAGGUGCAGCGGCAGUGACCCGGCGCAGCUCACACACACACACACACACACAGACAGAAUGGCGGCCGGCUCGCCCCCGUGGCUCGCUGUGCUGGCGCUGACGCUAAUGUCCACUCUCAGCGCUGGCUCGUUGCUGGAGUUAUCGCCGUCGGAGAGCUCGCAGUCGCUGUCCCGUCAGAAGAGGGCCGCGCCGCCGUGCUACCCGUGCCACGGCGUCUCGGGCGCCUGCUUCCACGGCUGGCAGGCGUGCGACGGAAACCGACAGUGUCCCGGCGGGGAGGACGAGGCCAACUGCGUGCACCCCGAGCUGGGCCACCAGUACGCGCGCCGGGACGACAGGACGCUGCUGCGCGGCGCCGGACGGCGCAUCUUCUUCACGGGCAUCUCGCUGCAGGGCUGCGGCAUGGUGUGCUCGCACAUGGAGCCCGACUGCCGCGCCUUCACCUACACGGACCGCGAGCCGACGCGCGCCUGCACCCUCUACACCAGGCCCGGGAAGUCGUACGAGAGCGUCGGCACGAUGCUGUACGAGCGCCAGGCGCCGCCGGACGCGUUCGUCGGGGCGCCGGCGGAGGAGGAGCAGACGUCGGCGUCCGAGGUGGGGCCGCCGCUGACGCUGCUCGGUCAGCUGUUUGUGGUGGAGGAGCCCGAGGUGACGGAGCCCGUGGAGCUGGACCUGGCGCCGCUGGCGCGCGUCGGCAGCGCCGCCAAGUGCGCCAGCGCGGACGCGUACCAGUGCUCCGCCGAGCAGUGCAUCCCGGCCUGGCACGUGUGCGACGGCAGCGUCGAGUGCGUCGGCGGCAGCGAGGAGAAGCUCUGCAAGAGCCUGGCGCGCGCCUUCGAGGAGGCGGACGAGCCGCGGCCCGCCAGUCGGCGGCUGGCGCGGCCGCCGCGCGUCAAGUCGCGGGCCGGCUGCGCGGCCGCCUGCCUGUGGCACUGGACCGGCGGCCGCGCCUGCACCGGCUUCGUGUUCGACGGCUCCAACUGCGAGCUGGGCUGCCUGGACUGCGGCGGCGACGGCAAGUGGCUGGACGGCCGGCGCUACGAGCAGCUGGCACCGCUGGCCGGCAUGGCCGCCCUGUUCGACCAGCUGCAGCCACUGCCAGAGGCAGAGCGCGGCAUGGCCCUGCGCGCCAUGUACCGCAUCGGCAGCGUCGUCACCGGACACGAUGCGCUCGGCGACCAAAAGUUCGACCUGCAGGGCAACAACGAGAUUAACUCGUUCGACUCCAGCGACACCCGUCUGACUACGCCGGCGCUGCCGCCCAACGUUCUGCAGCGCACCGGCGGCAAGCUGGUGCAGGGCAAGUACCGCACCACCGUAGUCGGCUACAUGUACACGUCGCGUCAGGAGGUGCGCGGCUCCGUGGUGCCCAUGUACGUCACCGGAGCGUCCAUCAGCUUCACGAACCCGGCGCUGGCCGACUCCAACCUGGCCACACGGAUCCGCACGACCAGGACCAGCCGGCGACACUCGACCAAGGGGGCCAAGAACGUCGCACCCACGCCUCCGGCCGCCACGCCCGUGGAGAAGACCGCGCUGCCAUUUGACGCGCCUCCGCGCACCAUCGAGAGCUCCUCCGCCGCGCCGCCGCCGCCGCCGACCACGACCACCCCUCGGCCGCGGACCACGACGACGACCCCUCGGCCGCCACCGCCGCCCGAGCAGCGCGUGGCCGUGCAGCCGGCGCUGAGCAGUGGCUCACCGGCGCCGGCCGCCGACGGGUUCGGCGCGCCGCUCGGCGAGACGCCCACCUGCGGCCGGCGGCCCGUCGACGACGCCAUGCAGACGCGCAGCAUGAUGCAGACUCUGCGGGUGGUCGGCGGCAGCCCGGCCAACUACGGCAAGUACCCGUGGCAGGCGCAGCUGCUGGCGUUCAACUCGAGCAGCGGCCAGUUCGAGCACCAGUGCGGCGCCGUCAUCAUCAGCGCACACCACCUGCUGACGGCGGCUCACUGCGCCACCGGCGGGCCGCGGCUGCGCGCCCUGGUCGGCGUCAGCGACCGCAGCCGGCCCGACGAGCCCGAGCGGCAGGCGUUCGACGUGGCCAACGCGGUAACGCACCCGCAGUACCUGGCCGGGCCGCACGGCUCCUACACGGACGACAUCGCCGUGGUGCGUAUCCGCGGCCCAGGCAUCCGGUUCAGCGCCUACGUGCAGCCGCUGUGCCUGCCGCGCGGCGGCGGCGCCGGCCACGCCGGCCAGAUGUGCCAGAUCUCCGGCUGGGGCCGGCGAGAGUUCGACUCGCCCAGCGAGGCCGAGCUGCAGCUGCGCGGCGCCAGCGUGCCGAUCGUCUCCGACCCGUUCUGCAGCACGCGCGAGGUGCACGGCCAGCGCUUCCGGCCCGGCAAGAUGGUGUGCGCCGGCGCUCUGUCCGGCGGCACCGACAGCUGCCAGGGCGAUUCGGGCGGCCCGCUGGCCUGCGCCGACAAGAAUGGCCGCUGGACGGCCGUCGGCAUCGUCUCGUACGGCGUCGGCUGCGGCAUCAUCAACAAGCCGGGCGUCUACACCAAGGUGCAGGAGUACGUGGACUGGAUCGACGGCGUCAUGCGGUUCGUUUAGGGUGCGCCGCCGCAGCGUGGCUCGAAGGGAGUCCCGUCGGGCGCCGGCCAGAGCCGCCAGCUGUGCAGUGCCGAUGACGGGUGUAUGUGGGUAGAAGUGUUCGCCUCAGCGGCAACGGACGGGUGAGACACAUCUGCGUCCGGGUUGACGCUCGCCAUAGUAUAGGCACGUGUCUGUUGUGAUCUGAGCAUUCACUUUUCGUAAUGUACGGAUGCGUUGAUUGAGAACUAAGGAGGCUGUAGUCGACCGUUCCACAUGAGGCUAACGUCAUGAAGUCUCACGAAACGGCAGGUCCUGCAUGCCUUAACGGCGGUGUGCGCACCGAUUGAUCUCUCAGCAGAAUCAAAAUACAGUAAAUGAAAUACACCUGUUCGCAUACAGGCCUUGCUACUCGUAUAUGACUAACAGGCUAUGGAUGUUUGUACCCAGUACCUAUUCCAAGAGGUACCGACGUGUUUGAUGAUUUAAUAAAAUUCCCGAAGGUACCGAGA